UCUGUAACCAUUGAGAAAAGGAGUCGUUCUCAGCGUGACCUCAUCUCACCCACUCUCAGCCUCCCCUGGUUAUCAAACACCCUCAGUGCCACAACGGUCCAUGAGAAGGAAGCACCAAAAUAAAGAAGGAAGGGGUGAGGGGGUGUAGUGAGGACAGCUGCUGGCAGCUUCUCAGGGAAGAUGGAUGAAAGAAACGGAAGAAUGAUUUUUGUAUUUUUGCUCAUUGGAUGUUCAGGUUUUCUGGCAGAGGGACAAACUCUGCUGGACGUGUGUUCAACCUGCCACACUAACGCCACGUGCGAGGACAAGUCAGACGGCUCGGGCAAAGUUUGCAACUGCAAGUAUGGUUUUGUUGGAAAUGGAAGAACCUUCUGUCAAGACAAAGAUGAGUGCCAGAUAGGAGCCAUUAAGAUCUGUGGGCAGCACACUACAUGCCACAACACCUACGGUAGCUACUACUGCACCUGCUUGGCUGGCUACAGCCCUUCUAACAACAUGGCUGUCUUCAUCCCAAAUGAUGGAACCCACUGCCAAGAUAUCAACGAGUGUGAGAUCACCGGGCUGUGUGGAGCAGGAGGUCAGUGCAGAAAUGUGGAGGGCAGCUUUGACUGUAGCUGUCAGAUGGGAUACCAGGUCCACGGAGGAGCUGAGCCAUUUCACCCACAAAGAGAUGGAGCUUCCUGCAAAAUGGUGGACUGUGGACAGCCGGCUGCAGCCGAGGACACAGUCCUGCUGUCUGUCGCAGGAACCACGUACGGCGGUGUGGCCAUGUACGCCUGCGAUGAAGGCUUUGUGUGGAGGAGAGGAGAGAACAGCUCUGUGUGUGGAGCUGAUGGAUCAUGGAGAGGACCCUCUUUGGUCUGUGAAGAGAUCUUGUGUGGAAAUCCUCCUUUAAUUGACUCCACAGAGCAGGUGUGGAACAAUAAAUCAUCCCCUGGCAGCAUUGUGUUGUAUUUAUGUAAAGAGGGCUUUUAUGACAAAGGAGGACUAAAUGUAUCCAUCUGUAAUCAAAAUGGUCUCUGGACACCUCCAACUUUGUCAUGUCAAGAGAGCUCAUGUGGAGAUCCGCCCGCUGUGCUUAACACUGGGCAGGUGUGGAACGGCAGCUCCACCCCUGGAAGCACAGUGGCGUACUUCUGUAAAACAGGAUUUUAUCAUCACGAGGGUAACAAUGAGUCGAUGUGCACAAAGAACGGUUACUGGACAAAGCCUGGCAUUUUGUGCAAAGAAGUUGACUGUGGAGAGCCUGUAGCCAUCCCUCAUGCAGGCAUGCUGUGGGAUAAGCGCUCCACAGUGGGCUCUCGGGUUGUUUACAUGUGUGACGAUGGAUAUGUGAGCGUUGGAGGGGGCAAUGUUUUGGUUUGUUCUGCCACUGGAGAAUGGGACGAAACCUCUUUGUCCUGUCAAGAAAUCUUUUGCGCAGAACCUCAUUUCAUACAACAUGCUAAAAUGCAAUGGGAAGGUGCGUCCCACGUGGGUAGCGUCGUGUAUUACCAAUGUGAGGAAGGAUAUUUCACCAGAGGCCAAAGAAGCAACUCCGUUUGUGGAGAAAAAGGACUGUGGGAGGAUGUUGAUCUAUGGUGUGAAGAAAUAAACUGCGGUUCCCCCAAAAUUCUCCCCAACACUAACCUCCUGUGGGACCGUACCAGCCGACAUGGCAGCGUUGCGCGGUAUGAGUGUGAGGAUGGAUUUUACCAGCAGAGUGGAAAUAAUUUUUCAAAGUGUUCAUUAUCAGGCGAGUGGGGGGAAGUAUCUAUAAACUGCAAAGCUAAAUGUGGCCCAGUUCCCUCCCUUGCUAACUCUGAAGUAGUGUGGCACAACAGGAGUGUUGUGAUUCAUCGCUGUGAAGCCGGGUUUCACAGCUGGAGGGGCACCAAUGUGUCUCUGUGUAGCAGCUCAGGAGUGUGGCAGGAGGCCACACUCAAAUGCAUUGGUGAGCACUGA